AGGUCUGGUCUCUUAUAUACUCAAAGGUGCCUGGCAACCUCUCAUGGCUGAAAGAAGAUGAUCAGGAAUCCAAUUACACAGGAUUACAAGGAUAAGAUGCCCACUGUAUCAGCCACCCUGCGACACAUAGGGUGUAGAAAGAGAGGUAGAAUGGCAACACACAUCAAUAUUUCCUUGCUGUCGUCGGAAGACAAAGAGGAGGUUUUACAACAUUGAAACAGGAUAUGAAUAUAGAGAGACUCGGGCAGUGCUCUCUAAUGUGGCUUGACUGAUUCAGCAUCUCCCCUGCUAGAUCUAGUGCAUUUGCCUUAGGUGAAUUUCCAAUGGGAGUAGUGACAACUAAGUCCUAAAGAGUGUUCUUCUGUGACAAGUGAGUCCCCAAACCUUGAGACUGGAGGUCAGAGAGCUCGUACCCUGGCCUACUCCCCCAGGGUCCUUCCAACAAGGUGGGAAGGGGGGUCAGCCGAUUGGAACACAUGGAGGGCAGGCCUCUCUUGCCCUUCUCGCUGGCCGUACUGUUUUUGGUAACAGGUGCGAGUGAUGAUGACAACUCACUGCACACACACCGGGUCAGUACCUCUCAAUGUGGGGAGUACAGCAAUCAGGUCUUGGAGGAUGGGAUGUGUCGACUAAUGGCCACAUUGCCUCAACUGGAUGACCAGCGCUGCCCGGAUAUGUUCCGCUGUACGGAUGAGGUUUCCUACUGGCUUCAUGAGAAUGAAGAACGCAAACAACAGAUUCUGGCCUUGAAGGAGACGGUGUCUGAACUUCAGGAGGAGCUUCGCAACCACCGCCAUCGAGUCAAAUUGUUGGAACUACAGAGUGAAGAGAAAAACCGCAAUAAUUCGUCUCUGGAGCAGCGUUUGCACGAGUUGGAAGAGCAUUACGCUGAGGCCACAGCCCUGCUGCAUAUUCAGGGCUCCUUAAUCUACGAUCUCCAGGCUCAGAUCCAUAACCUCUCCCUGUUGGUGGAAAAAGUCAGACGUAACCCUGGCUGCAUGAUCAACAUAGUUCGCACCAGCCCCCUGCUCAGUUCACAGGAAGCCCUGCAUCCUGAGGUGCAGCGUGUCAGAAACUGUCCUAUCGACUGUGCAUCUAUCUACUACAACGGAGUGCGUCGGUCUGGGAUCUAUACCGUGGUGCCCUCACUGGGAGCCAUGCCAGUGGAAGUCUACUGUGAUAUGGAUACAGAUGGUGGCGGUUGGACUGUGAUCCAACGCAGGCAAGAUGGCUCUGUAAACUUUGACCGGAGCUGGAAGGAGUAUAAAGAGGGAUUUGGGGACCUACACACGGAAUACUGGCUGGGAAAUGAACACAUCCAUGACCUGAGCAGUCAGGGAGACUACACGCUCCGUAUCGACAUGGAGGACUGGAGUGGCAAACACAAGCAUGCUGUUUAUCAGACUUUUAGCGUGGAAGAUGAGGCCACUCAAUACCGACUGCAUGUGUCUGGGUUUAGUGGGACAGUGGAGGACUCCUUCAGCUGGUACCAUGACAAGAAGGGAUUCAGUACACCUGAUACUGGCAACAUCUGUGCUGAGAUCUCCCAUGCAGGCUGGUGGUAUAACCAGUGUUUCUACGCAAAUCUCAAUGGCAUCUACUACAAGGGGGGCCGCUACUCUCUGAAGGGGAAGAACCCACUUGGCCCAGAUGGUAUUGUGUGGUACACCUGGAAAGAUUCUGAUUACUAUUCUCUGAGGAAGGUGAGCAUGAUGAUCCGACCCAGAACCUUUCGACCACAUCUGUCACCCUGAAUCAGAGUGAAUGAAUGACUAGCCAAUCAGAGUUCUCAGAGCUACAGUGAUGCAGGAUGAUUGGAUGGAUUCCUCCAUUGUAGAAUAGAGGGAAUAGUGUGUAUGGACUCAGUCCUGAAUGUAUUAUUCAAUGAAACAAGGCACCUUUGAGUGAUUUUUUUUUUUUUUUUAUGUUUACACCAAAGAACAGAAAAUGACUCCUGUAAAUCUAAUCACUUCAAUCCUUGAAAGCCAGUCUUUGCCAUUCAUUAAGCCUAAUUUGUAUAAGUUACAUGCCUAUAUUUUCUAUACCUAUGAUUAAUUAAGCUUUAAAAGAAAAAUGUUGUUGACUUAUUCUAUAAAUGUGUAUUAAACAAUAAAAUUAGAUUUACUGGUAACCCUUUACAAUAAUGUUCCAUUUGUUAACAUUACUUAAUGCAAAUUAUUAAUAUAUAUACACUACCGGUCAAAAGUUUUGAAACACUUGACUGAAAUGUUUCUCAUGAUCUUAAAAAUCUUUUGAUCUGAAGGCGUAUGUUUAAAUGUUUGAAAUUAAUUUUGUAGACAAAAAUAUAAUUGUGCCACCAUAUUAAUUUAUUUCAUUAUAAAACUAAAAUGUAAUAAUAAAAAAAAAAAAAGUUUUUGAAAUUGAUGACUUGGACCAAAUAAUCAAGAAAAUCAGCCAAUAAGUGCCCAACAUAGAUGGGAACUCCUUCAGUACUGUUUGAAAAGCAUCCCAGGGUGAUACCUCAAGAAGUUGGUUGAGAAAAUGUCAAGAGUACAUGUCUGAAAAUUCUAGGUAAAGGGUGACUACUUUGAAGAUGCUAAAAUAUAACACAGUUUUUAUUUAUUUUGGAUUGAACAUAAUUCCCAUAGUUGUGAUGACUUUACUAUUAUUCUAAAAUGUGAAGAAAAAAAAAAUAUAAUAAAGAAUAAGUGUUUCAAAACUUAUAUAUUUUUUACAGCAAGUAAUAAAAAUACAAUUGUUCAUUGUUAGUUCAUAGCGCAUUAACAAAUGUUAACGAAUACAACUUUUGAUUUUAAAAAUGUAUUAGUAUAAUUAACUUUAACUAAGAUUAAUAAAUGCUGUAAGAGCAUUGUUCAGUGUUAGUUCAUGUUAACUAAUGUUAACAAAUGGAAACUUAUUGUGAAGUGUUACCGAUUUAUUUCCUAUACGUUUCAUUUCUGUAUAUUUUACUUUGUGAAAUGAUCUGUUUCAACAUGAGAUUAAAAAAAG